AGUCGCCUUAAUCUGCUCAGUUCGGUUGCUUUAAUCUUCGAAGCUUAGUUUCAUUCAAUCUUUAAGCUGCACUCACGCAGGAAAUUCCAUGGGCAAUAAGAAUAAAUUCGCCAAAAAAUAUCGCAGAUUAUCAACUUUCUAUAAAAAUAGCAAAAAACUACUCAAUUCAUCGAUUCAAUGGGGAAGAUCAUAUCGGCCAAAAAAUUAUCCAACUCUGACGAUCAACGUCAACUUCACGAUGACAGUUUCAGUGAAAAUGACUCAAAAUCGAAACCAGCCCAAUCGCUAUGGUUCUCUAAAAGAUUUUUCGUUGGACUUGUUAUGUUCUUCGGUUUCCUCAUGUACUCGAUGGCUUGUCAAGUCAUUAAUAUAGCUUUAGUCGAGAUGACCAUUGGGAAAAUCCAAAUCAAAGGAAAUCAAACAAUCAUUCAGCCACCGCAAUUUCAUUGGGAUUCUGAAAAAAUAUCCAUGAUUUUGAACAUGUUCUGGUAUGGAUUUUUGUUCUCCACGGUAGGAGGAUAUCUUUCGCAAAGAUUCGGAGGCGUGACCAUCGUAGGAAUAUCCUUACUAUCGACAGGAAUAAUCACGAUAUUCAAUCCAAUAACCGUCCAAUGGGGUUUUUAUCCAUUUCUAAUAUCUAGAGCUUUGGUAGGAUUGUUCGAGAGUUUCACUUCGGCCAGUUUUUCGGAAGUAUUCGCUCGGUGGGUGCCAAAAAAAGAGAGAUCGAAAUUCAUACCAAGCAUCAUGAACGGAAUGUAUGUGGGCACAGCACUCACAUAUCCAUUGUGCGGCUAUUUGGCUCAUAACUGGAAAUGGCCGAUGACAUUCUACGUCAUAGGUGCCUUAUGCGUGGUUUGGUCUGUCCUUUGCCUUUUACUAGUGCGAAAUAGUCCUUCUGCGGAUAAGAGGAUUUCGAAAAAGGAGCUCGAUUAUAUUCUUCAAGGAACUAGUAAUCCGUCAACGAGAAAAGUGAAACUUCCGAAUAAAAUGGACAUCGUCAGGUGUCUUCCAGUUUGGGCUCUAUCAAUGGGUAAAUUUGCUUUUAACUGGUGUAGUGCAUUUACAGUCGUGUAUCUUCCAUUAUACAUUAAAGAUGCAACUCAAAGAAACAUCAGUGAAAUAGGACUAUUGGCUUUGAUUCCUAAUAUCAGUAUUUUUCUGAUACCAGCUGUCGGUAUGCUGGUGAAUUAUUGGCAAAAUCAUACCACUUUGACUAUAACACAGAUCCAUAAAACUAUAAUCAGCGGAGGCUAUCUUCUAGCUGCCCUUUUGUUCGCAGUAUCCGCCCUUUCAGAUCAUUUUACAGUUUCGAUUAUUUGCUUUGUCCUAAUAAAACUCCUACUUUCGUGUAAUAAGAUAUUUUUAGAGGUGAUCACAGUCAACAUGGCACCAAAUCAUUCGGGUCUGCUGUCAGGACUAUCGUUAUUUUGGCAAACGAAUGGUAUCAUAGUAGCCCAAACUAUUGUUGGAUAUGUAGUCAAAAAUCAUAGAUUACAAGAAUGGAAUGUGUGUUUUCUUCUGUCGAGUUGUAUUUCACUCAUUACUGCGAUUAUAUUCGUAAUGUUUGGAUCGAGCGAGCCUCAGCAGUGGUCUGUGAUAUCAUUAUCAGAAAAUAAUGGCGAAACGAAUCAGAAAAAUGAAAAUCCCAUAAAAUGAACCCCAAUUUUUUGUGUUACAUGCAACUUUUCUAGCCACCAUUAAAAAUAUUCCAAAUUCAAA